AUCACACUGUUUCAAUUGCAUUUCUCCUCUCUCUCUCUCUUUCUCUCGUUCUUCGAUUUCUUAUUUCCGGUAAGAUUUUUUCUCAUUUUCUCCGGAAGCCCUGAGAUCUGCUUCUCCACCGCGCGAUUUCCUCUUUUUCCAAUUUUCUUUCUCAUUUUCCCUCUGUAAUUUCGAUCUGUCAUUUGUUCUGUCGUUAGGGUUUUGAUUUGAGUUUCAUUGUUUCAAUGAGCGACCACUUGGUGCUUUUCGUUGACCAUCUCGUGCGUCCUGUCCCCGUUGACCCGGUGGCGCAGCCCGCGCAGCUUCCUUCCGAACCCUCUCCGUCUCCGGCCGCUGCGGAUGCUGCCGCCGGGACCUCCGGCUCCGCUCCGGCGGCGGAACACGACGGCGAGGGUUGCGAUGAGGAGGAGCCGCUGAUCCAGAUGGCGGAGUGCCGCAUCUGCCAGGAGGAGGACGGCGUUUCCAAUUUGGAGACGCCCUGUGCCUGUAGCGGUAGUCUUAAGUAUGCUCACAGAAAAUGUGUUCAGCAUUGGUGCAAUGAGAAAGGAGACAUAACUUGUGAGAUAUGUCAUCAGCCUUAUCAACCUGGGUAUACUGCCCCCCCACCUCGCCCCAAUCCUGAAGAAACUACCAUUGAUAUUGGAGGUGGCUGGACAAUAUCAGGCACACCUUUGGACUUGCGUGAUCCUCGACUCCUGGCAAUUGCAGAGGCAGAGCGCCAGUUCUUGGAUGCUGAAUAUGAUGAAUAUGCUGCUUCCAAUGCUAGUGGAGCUGCAUUUUGCCGCUCAGCUGCUCUAAUUUUGAUGGCCCUUUUACUCUUGCGGCAUGCACUUUCUGUCUCAGAUGGUGAUUCUUCUGAAGAUGAUCCUUCCAAUUUUUUCUCUCUUUUCUUGCUUCGAGCUGCUGGAUUUUUAUUACCUUGCUAUAUUAUGGCUUGGGCAAUCAGUAUUCUGCAACGUCGGCGACAAAGACAGGAGGCUGCAGCACUAGCAGCAACACAAGUUGCUUUUGUUCUACAAUCUGGGCAACGUAGAGGUCUACAAUUUGCAAUAGCACCAGGACCUACCGUACAACAGGAAGAAGUGUAGUUUGUAUGAUUUAUGUAUGAAACCCCAUGACGUGUACGCUGUAUUAAAGAAGGCUUGUUGUAAUGCCGAGCAUUAUUACUCUUGAUUUUCGCAGCUGUAAUGUAUGUACAUACUAGGGGUGGUAAAACGAUACAUGAAUCCAUUAUCAUCCAUUCAAUUUAUCCAUGAAUGUAUUUGAAUCCAUCCAUUCUAUAUAAUAAGAGAUUUAUG